UCAUACAGCUUGACCCUGAGAAGAUGAAGAGCAGAUAAGAUGGAGGAAGACAACGAUGAUAACACAACAGCUGGAGGAGGAGAGCUUGAAACCAAGUCUGUACCAUCUGCAGCCAAUGAGAAAGUCUAUGAGACGGAUGAGGGUGCAGCCAAAGCCCAGUGUGAUCCAGUGAAUGAACCUGGUGAAGCUCAACACUCAGAGAAGAAUGAUGAAAGCACAGGAAGACAGUCUGAAAUCGAGUCUGUUCAAUUUGCAACCGAUGAGAAAGUGAUACCUGAACUCACACUGGUGUUAAUUGGUGAUACAAAUACCAUUGAGAUUGGAUCAAAAAACAUCUUACUUGACCAUGACGAGCAAACAAAUGUGGAAGAGUUUUCAACCAAACUGUAUGAUCUGUGUGGUCGGCACAUUUCUGUCAUUAACAUGCUUGGCCAACAAAACAUUGACAAAUUCCCAUUAAAUCAGGGAAUUCACGCCUUUCUCUUACUGUUACCAAAUGGUCUGCAUACAAGCCAUUACAGUUCAGGAGUGCUAUGGUUAGAAAAGGCUUUCGGGAAACGAUCACUUGCUUAUUUAAUCACAGUUGUGACUCACAAGUCAGACGAAAAAUGCGAACGUGCAUUGAAAGACCUGAAAGCCAACAGCAGUUUUGUUGAAAAAAGAUACCACACAUGUACAAGAAGUAUGAUGGAUGAAAAUGAGAUAAUAGCUCUGCUGGAAAAAAUAGACAUCAUGGUCUCUGAAAAUAAGUACCACUGCUACAGUGGUCUGUGUGAUGAAGAUAAAGAGCAGAACGAACCCAUGGACCACAAAUCCCAAACAAAAGGAAGGAUCAAUACCUCCGUGUUUCAGCAAAAUCAAAUAGAUGAGGAGGAGACUGCAGCUAACACAGAGAUAAAGUGUGAUCCAGUGAGUGGUGCUAAACACUUGGACAAGGAUGAUGACAGCACAACAGUGGGAGGAGAAUCUGAGAUCACUUCUGUAAUACCAUCUACAACUGACAAGAAAGGAGAGACUGAUGAAGUUAAAGAGGUCAACAAUGAAAGCAGCAGUAACAUGACUGAGCAUUCUCUGGAGGAGAGUGAUGCAGUGGAGGACACAAGUCCAUCAUCUCAGACUGUUUCAACAGUGACUAGAGAAGUAUACGAGAGGGAAGAGAAGGCAGCUAAAUCAGAGGUAAAGUGUGAUUCAGUAAGUGGUGCUAAACACUCAGACAAGGACGAUGACAGCACAAGAGUGGGAGGAGAAUCUGAAAUCACUUGUGUAAUACCAUCUGCAACCGACAAAAAAGGAGAGACUGAUGAAGGUAAAGAGGUCAACAAUGAAAGCAGCAGUAACAUGACUGAGCGGUCUAUGGAGGAGAGUGAUGCAGUGAAGGACACAAGUCCAUCAUCUCAGACUGUUGCAGAAGGGACCAAAAAGUUAGACGAGCGGGAGGAGAGUGCAGCUAAAUCAGAGGUAAAGUGUGAUCCAGGGAAUGAACCUGAUGAUGAUGAUAAGCACUCAAAAAAUAAUGACCAUGCAUCAGUAGGAGAAUGUGAAAUCAAGCCUGUACGAUCGGCAACCACUGAGAAAGUACAGAUAUAUAUAUAUGUGACCCAUUCAAAGCCAAUUCUAAAGUUGGACAGUGUUACAGAUGACAACAUUUUAAAAGCUCUUUUUAGCACCAGCGUAGACUUUGAUCAAUCAAAACAGACUGACGUGCAUCCAAUGGAUGUUCAAAUGUCAGUAUAUCACUGCUCAGACAGCUUUUUGAAGCAGAACAUGAUUACAAAGCUAUCACAAUGUCAGUAUGCCUUACCUUUGCUUGUUCCUGACCCAGUCACAAUGGAUAUUGAAUGUCCUCUCUGGACGUUCAGACAAAUAAGAAAAACAUGGAAGGUAAAUGAAAUCAAAUAUAAUUCAAACAUUGUCACCAUGAAGAGUAUGCCCAUCUGCAAAGCUGAGACACCCAUGGUGUCAUUUCUCCGCCUGGGUUCACUAUCUCUGUCUAAGUCACAGCUGAUUAACACUUUGAUCAACGACCGUCACAGCACCUUCUUCCACAGAAACUGCCCAGGUAGCACCAAGUCUCGCCAUCUGAUGGAUGGUGUGGCAGAGAUUGCCUGGUACUGCCCUGCUGGAAAACCCAAUGAUACCUUCACUGACUGCAUUGCGUUCUGUAAUCUUCAUGGUGAUGCUCUGACAAAUGAAAAACAGUGUGACAUACUGACUGAGAAAUCUUCAAUCAAUGUGGUUCUUGUACCAACUUUGGGAAAAGGUGACAAAAGUACCACAGUUAUCUCAGCCCUUUGCAAGUCUCCAAAGGCUCUCAUUAUUAUCAUUGCUGAUAAAGAUGGUGGUGCAGUUGAGUUGGUUGAGGGAAAAUACAAAAUGGGUCUUCAAGACAGAAGUCAGUCAGAUGUGUCUGAAGAACUGAAAAAAAUCAUUGGAAGAAUUUUGUCUGGACCACAUGCAUCUUUCCAGCUAGAAACCAUGGCUGAAGUCUCUGGAAUCAGAGUGGAUGAAGAUGAUGAAGUUUGCCAAAAAGGAAAAUCUGCUGCAAUGAAAAUUGUGAACUUGCUUCAGGGGUUGGAUGUGUCAAAGAUCAAAGAUACAUUUCUCCCUUGUCAAGGCCAACUGUGGCACAAGUGGUGCAGAAUAAACAAAGAACUGUAUCACCUCAAAGGACACAUUGAGAAGGAGAAGGGUAAAAAGCAACAGGAACUGAUGCAAAUACGACAAGAUCAAUGCACUGCUUCCUGUAGUAAACCGAUGAAGUUGUUCAUUGAAACCCUCUCAUCGUCGCCAUCAACAGAAAGAGAGUAUUUCCUGACAUGGACUCAGAUCUUGAUUGAUGCCCUCUCCACAGAUGAUCUCUGUUUAAUUCUACAAAGCUAUGAUGAAAAGUGGUCUGAGGUCUUGGCUUUGAAAAAGAAGCAUGACAGAUCUGAUCAGUUAAAAAGAAAGCAAACUGAGCUUGAACAAAUAUCAACAAAACUACAGUCUGCCACUUUUGGCUUGGAGCACAUCCUAAGAGAAAUGGGACAGAUCUAUGAAGCCCAUGCAUCUCUGCAGAAACAAACAACGAGGGGACAAACUGACUGGUCUAAAUACCCUGAGCUGGCUGCAGAGCUGAUGAUAUCAGGACACCCAAUGGAGCUGAUGGAUGGUGAUGCAGGUCAUGUGCCUUUAAUGUGGAUCUCUAGUCUUUUAGAUGAGGUCAUCAAGAAACUGGGCGACAAGAGAGUUUUUGUUUUGUCAGUGCUGGGUGUACAAAGCAGUGGAAAAUCAACAAAGCUGAAUGACAUGUUUGGGUUACAGUUUGCAGUGAGUGCUGGCAGGUGCACCAAGGGUGACUUCAUGCAGCUGGUCAAAGUUUCAGAUGAGAUCAAGAAAGACUUUGAGUUUGAAUACAUUCUAGUGGUGGACACUGAAGGACUGCGUGCUCUUGAUUUAGAGGGUAACACCAGUCUUCACCACGACAAUGAACUGGCAACGUUUGUUGUUGGUCUGGGAAACAUGACACUGAUCAACAUUUUUGGAGAGAAUCCAGCUGAGAUGCAAGAUGUUCUGCAGAUUGUUGUUCAGGCUUUCAUGAGGAUGAAGAAAGUUCAACUUUCUCCAAGUUGUGUGUUUGUUCACCAGAAUGUUACAGAUAUUACAGCUGCAGAGAGAAACUUGCAUGGAAAAAGACAGCUGCAAGAAAAACUGGACAAGAUGGCCCAACUAGCAGCCAAAGAGGAGGUUUGUUAUGUUGAGUGCUUCAGUGACAUCAUUGCAUUUGAUGUACAGAAAGACGUGAAAUACUUUGCCCAACUAUGGGAGGGAAGUCCACCUAUGGCUCCUCCAAAUACAGGUUAUAGUGAGAGCGUCCAAGAGCUGAUGAAGUUCAUCCUCUCCAAAGCUUCACAGUCAGCUGGAAUUACUUUCUCACAGUUCAAAAGCAAAACUCAGGACCUGUGGAAUGCUCUAAUGAAUGAACAGUUUGUUUUUAGUUUCAAAAACACACUUGAAAUCGCAGUGUACAGAAAACUUGAGGUUCAGUAUGGGAACUGGACCUGGGCCCUGAGGAGCAACAUGUUGACUAUUGAGAAUGGGCUUUACACCAGAAUUGAAAAUGGAAAACUUGACAAGGUUGAGCCCAGUUAUCUACAUGAGGAAAUGAAGAUAACCUAUGAAAAAAUCAAAAAAGCAAUGACAACAUACUUUGAUGAUGACAGAGACAAAGAAAUAUUGGUUCAGUGGCGAGGACGAUUUGAAAGCAAAAUCAAGGAGUUUCAUGACGACCAAGUGAGAGGAGUCAAAAGAAAACUGGAUGAAGUGAUUGAGCAGAAAAAUGCUUGUAAAAAGCUCAAUGAUAAGAAGACAGAGUUUGAAAACAAGCUGCUACAAAAGAGCAAAGAACUUGCUCAUCAGUUAAAGGACAAGGCAAAAGAUGAAGAGGAACUUAAAAAACAGUUCAACUCUGUUUGGAGUGGUUGGGUUAGUGAACUAACUGCAGGCACAAGACCUAUUGAGGACAUCAACUAUAACGACAAUGUGGAAACUAUACUCAAUGAGCUUGGGUUUGAAAGGCCUCUUAUAGCUAAAUGUGAAAACAGUUUCAGGUACAAACAAAUAUCAGAGGUUGGUGAUUACAUUCAUUAUGUAGCUCUCAGCAAGGACCAAGAUCUGUGUAACACAGGCCAACAAUUUCAUGAAAAUGAGAGGAAAAGUGACACAAGUAGAAAAGGAAAUCGUGUAGUUAAAUUUUUUAAAGAGAAAAUUACAAAAUCAGAAUAUUACCUGAAAGGGUAUUUUGACUUUGAAGAACAGGAACUGAUCAGAUCCUUCAUUGACAACAUUGAACAACAGUCCCUUGAUGUAAUCAAGAGCAAACCUGUCGCCUUAAGAGGAUACAGAUCAACUUACUUGCACGAAGUGGCCAACAGUGUCAAGGAAAAAGUGGCAGAAUUUGAAUCAAACAGGAAAUAUACACUGAAGAAGGAGUUUACAGUUGAUCUUUUACUGUAUGUGUUUGACAAAGCAGAGAGAUGGCUUUCAGAGUCCCACAAGGAAUUCAAAAGUAACAACGAUGCACUCACUUAUGUAGAAAGCAAGAAAAUGCAAUAUUACAACAUUUUCAGAAGCUUCUGCAGAGGAAGCUCAUCUGCUGUUGUGUUUGGAGAACUGAUCUGUGAAAAACUGAAGAGUUCCACUGUUGAGGCCGUCUGUAACAAGACUGCUAUUGAUCUUGCUGGAGAGAUGAAGUGCAGUUUCCCAGCAUUCAGUGGGAACAGGUUGAACUUGGAGAAACACUUGCUGAAGUCACUGGCUGAGAAAGAGGACUUUGGUGGUUUUAUCACCUACAUCCGCCACCCAAGGAACCAAGCAGAGACGUUUAUAAAAGAGCAAGUACAGAAAUACAUCAUCACAGACAACAAAGACAAAGCACAAAAUAUACUCAAGAAAAAUGUUGCAGACAUCAAUAAGAUUGUGAGUCAAGCUUUAUUUACUGCAACAGAUAAAGUCAAAACUCAGAGAGGAGACUCAGACAUGUGGGUAAAGGAAUUUUCCAAUUUGCUAAAAGAUGAGCUGACAUUCGACACCAUUUGUUGUCAAAACUUCAGUGACAUAAACAAUUUUGACUUCCUUAAAGAAGAGAUAGAGAAAGGCCUUGUAUCACUCAUGAAGGAUGUGAGCAGCCUCUCACUGGAUAAGAUGGAGGAAUUCAGGAUGAAGCCUGAUCAAAUCCUCAUCGAUCAGCUGUGUAACUGAUGCUGGGUGAAGUGUCCAUUCUGUGCAGCUGUUUGUACCAACACACUAGAAAAUCACAGUCCUGACAAACAUAGUGUGCCUUUUCAUCGGCCCUCUGGGAUUAAAGGAUGGCAUACUCGAGACACAGUGGAACUGGUCAUUAACUUCUGCACAACAUUAGUUGCAAGUAAUCAACGUUUCUACCCCCAUCCUGAUUCAAAUGACAUUUUCCUCUAUAAACAGUAUCAAAAGGCUGGGGAGAAGUAUGCAACAUGGCAAAUUACUCCUGAUGGGUCUAAGAUGAAAUACUGGAAGUGGUUUGUUUUUCGAUUUCAACAGCAACUGGAAGACCACUAUAACUUAAAAUUCCAGGGCAGAGGAGAAAUUCCUCCUGAGUGGCAAGACCACAGUAAAGAAGAAGCUAUUGAAAGUCUGGAUGAAAUGUAUAAUCUGUGACUGAGCCAGAAACAACCAAACUCUACUCAGAGUAACAGAAGGCCACAGUGUCUUUAACUGUUCAACAGAAAUAUGAACUUUUAAUUUGAUUAAAGGAGUGCAACAAUAGCAAUAAUGACAAUGGAGUCUUUUCCAAAAUGACUGAAACAGCACAUGUUCAUAAUCUGAUCAAUAUGUAUCUUAAUGCUUUUGGUGUAUAACAGUUGAAAGGAUGCCUAUCUUGAAGCAAAUGAGAACACAAUAUAUGUUAAAUUACAAUUAAAUGAUGAUUGUAAAAAGUAUGAAACAGAUCAGAAUUAGUCAUAGGUUUUUUUUUUUUCAUCAAAAAUGUUUUUUCUUAUUAUUUUUCAUGAUGAUUAAGAUGCAUUUAACAUGUAUGUACUUAUUUUAAGGAAAUAUUAUGUAUAAAAUAUAAUACUCAAAUAAAUGAAAGAGUUUUUUAGUUGUCAUAUUGUGGAUAUAAUGUCAUUACCUUAAAAACAGAAAUGUAAGUUAUGAUUUGACUUUUGUUUUUACUAUUUUUUUUACUUUUACAUGAAAAUCUCAUCAAACAGUCAUGACAAACUGAUCUAAUUGUAUGUUUCUAAAAAAGAAAAAAAAUGAUCAGGGUGUAAAUGUGCUGUUCAUUCAAAGAUGUGUAUGUUUCUAUCAUUACAAGAUGCAUGAAAUUUUCUUCUGACAGUUGUUCAAUGUUUAAAGAGCAAACAAAGGUGUAGGCUGUUGAGCUGAGACAUUUAUAAUUCCAAUCUCAUUAAAAGGCAUCAUAGCAGGUGACAAGGUUUUUUAGUUUUGAUAAAAAUUGUAAAUAAAAAUCUCUGUGAUUGUACUUUUUUAAACAUUUUUUGAGGGAUCUAAAAGAAUUGUGAGAACUGUAACAACUGAUAUGUAGGAUGAGUCAUAAGAUGGAUAUUCUGCUUGAACUAAUGAAGUGCUGUUGAUUAUGGAAAAAGGCAUGAAACUUGUAUUUAAGACUUGUUGAAACGGAAAAAAGGGAAACAGUUUGUUGACAUAUUGUGCAAAAAAAAAAAACUUUUUACAUUAUUUUGUUUACAUUUAUCUAUCUGUUGCCCAUCUGAAAAUAAUUUUUACACAAAUAUUUUCCUCUUCAUAUAUUUUUAAUUUUAUACUUUUCCUUAAAGUCAUAUGUGUGUUUGUUUUUUAAAGAAUCUGAUAAAUGAUGCUUUGUACUUUUUCAAGUAUUCGGAGUAUACAAUUCUACACUUUUGAUUUUUCUUUCUUUUUUUGUUGUUAUUUUUGUUUAUUUUUUAUAUUUACUUUUGUUGUUUGCUUAAUAGCUCCUGUCAUCGAUAUAUUGAUAUCCAUAAUUACAAACAGAAAUAACAGCCUUUGUGAAAACAAAAUUGGAAUGUUUUUUUUAGACCAUUCACGCAAAUAUUUGAGUUCAAGCCUCUUUUGGUAAUAUCUGGUCUGUUAAACCUGGUCUUUUCAAAAAGCUAAUUAAUAAUUUGCUUUAUAAGAAGAUCAGAUUUUUUUUGACACAGUUUUUUAAUAUGUCUAAGGCCAUACCCACACGAAGAUGGAACCAAUUUUGAUUUUUAAAAUUUUUCCAUAAACACGGAAUCGUCUCAAGAUAUGUGUAUGUAUACAUGAAGCCACUGAAAACGCUGUAGUAUAUAUGCAAGGCCUGUAAAUGGUGCUACAACGCUGCCACAAAGUACACCAGAAACACAGAAUAAGAAACGGAGCGUGCGCAUAAAACUCGUGCGAUGUAAACAAAUACAAAGAAGAAGAAAAUACAAAUGCCAGAGGAGCCCACUUUGUAUGGACUGACGAUGAGGUAGAGUUGCUACUUAGGGUCACACUUGAUUACCAAACUACAAAACUGCAGGAGGAUGUUGACUAGCACAUGCGGGUUAAGGGAGAGGUGGGGUUAUGGCGUCAUUGUUUCAGAAAAGAGGUGUACUGUGUUGUAAAUACAGAGACGCGAAGGUGGCGUCCUCAGAUUUUUUCUACUCUGGGACCCGGUUUCAAAAGUUGGCGUAUUUGGGCUCCUAAAAUGCUGGUUUCAUGUUUACGAAAGGUCUAUACAAUAAAAAACCUUUGCAGAUACACCUAAUUUGUCUCCGUGUGGACAUGACCUUAGACCUGCCACAUAUCAAUCCAAGUACACGACACCUGAUUAUUUCAGCUGUUAAAGGCGGAAGAAAAGGUGGUGAGAAGCUGUCUGGGUUAGAGGAGAAGUAGAGACACUUGCUAUCAAAGUGGAACAGACAGAGUGAGUGAAGCUCGUUUUUUCUUUAUUUCCUUUUUGCAUGUCGUGCACGUUUUCGGGUGAAGGUAAAAAAAAAAAAUUCCUUUAAAAGUGAUAAGUUUGUGCAUUUUUUGAUAUUGAUUUUUGCCUCCACAAAUUUGAUUUACUUCUAAUACUGCUAAGAAAAACUGAGAGUUUGAUUACAAUGGGAUUUGGACAGAGCAAAACCUCAAAGGGGAAAAUUGAGCCUGAUUAUGGUGCUCCAAACGUGAAGUUUAUGGAGAUUAAUUAUGGGAAGGAGAGCGUGGCUCAGUUAGAUCUGUAGGUCAAUGAGUGCUGUUUCCCGAGAACAGGCAGCCUGAGUGUUAAAAAGCUUGAGGCUUUAGAGGUGAGGUUAACAGACUUAGAAAGGAGGGGAUUAGAAGGGAAGUUUGGAGGUAAGAUCAAGUUCCAGGCAGAUUGGUCAGCUUUUCGUAAUUGGAUGAGGGAAGCCAAGCACAGGCAGGGCCCCAAAGGUUUCCCAGCGCAGUGUUCGAAGCUGGAUUCAGACCUCGAUUCGGCUCCACCUGUAUGGCCCCCACCGCAUGUUGAACACCACGAACCGGAGGGAGCAGCUGGCCAUUUAGCUGUUCUGUUAUCCACCUUAUCUGAAAAUUAUUUUAUCCAUCAUUGUAUUUUGUUUUUAUUCUUGUAUGUUUAUCUAUUUUGAAUACUAUUUGUAGGCUUUUUUCUAAAUGAAUUUGAUGAAGGACACUAACUUUCUCAAGUACUUGAAGCAUACAACAAGUUUUUACUUAUCUGAUUUUUAUUUUUUUUUUCAUCUUAUUACUGCUACUUACUACUACUGCCUAUACUGGAAUUUAUUCUGUUUGCUUAAUCAGAUUUCUGUCAUUGCCACAGUAUAUUUAUAUACAUACAUACUAACAGAAAUAUUAUUCUUUGUGAGAAAAAAUAAAGAAGUUUUCUUUCACUUUAAUAAACCAUUGACAUUCA